GACUGUUAGCAUCUUCAUGAACCAAUCCCAAUCUCCUUAUAAACUGACAAAUCUAUGAGAUUGUAUAGUGGUAAAAGCCUCCUUAUGAUCUUAGCUUCUUCUGUUCUUGCUCUAUUCUCACUCGAGUUCUUCACAAUCCUGAACUAAACAUGAAGAAAAUAGUGGUGAGAGUGGAUGUACCUGAUGAAAGAGCAAAGCAGAAGGCUAUGAAAGCAGUUUCCUGCCUUUCAGGGAUAAACUCCAUAACCAUGGAGAUGAAAGACAGGAAGAUGAUCGUCGUGGGGACAGUAGACCCAGUGGAAGUAGUGGAGAAGCUGAGAAAGCUUUGGUUUGCAGAGAUUCUCACAGUUGGACCUCCAAAAGAAGUGGAAAUCAAAAAACCACUAAUUACUUGCAUUGGGUAUCCCUGUUAUUGUUGUAAUCAGCCCCCCACCUUCUAUUACAAGCAAGAGGAAAUCCCAAAUGGUUGUGUUCUCUGUUGAAACCAUCAUUUUUUUGUUAAAUAAGGUUUACCUUGUGUGCUGCUUCAAUUUUCUUGUUCAUUUGUUUGUGUUUUGGUUUUUUUGUGAAUUUUAGGAUGUUUUUUUUUUUUUUAUGGGUAUGAUGAUGAAUUUAUCA